AUGCCGCCCAAGGGUUCUCAUCUUGAGAAUACUUGGAUACAAAUGCCAACAAGUUCUUCAUCAUAUGUCUCAAACGUUCCACGGAAGAGAGCCUUUGAUGAAUUAUGCAAUCAAGUAGUGUUGUCCGCAAAUUGGCGUGAUCAUCCUGAUAUGGCAUACAACCGCCGAUGGAUGAGAAACAAAAUUUCAAAAUUGAUCAGUUUUGGAAUUGAGAAUGAGGGAGUUGCAGCUAAGGUGGAAUGGUUUCUAUUUUUGAGUGCUGAUUCAAAGGAAGCAUAUAUGAACCGGGAGACAUUGAAUCAGCGCGUGAAUAUUCAAUUGGAAUAUAGAAAGAUAUAUGGCGUGCAAAAAGCGGAACUAUGUCAGCAUUCUAUUGUUCCUGAGCUGCCUUGUUUACCUGAAUCAAUCACCACAUUUGCUGAUAUGCAUGUGCUUUAUGACUUGUACGUUUCUGGCCGUGGAAGCUAUUUGCCUCAGCAACAUGCAAAUAACGUGGAGACGAAUCUGUCAAAUCAUAGAGAUAGUUUGGGGACUAUGCAGAAUAAUGAGUGUAUGAAGAUUCCUACUGCUGUGGGAAAAUCCCUCCAAUCUGAAGAUUCAAAUUUGAUGUUACCUCAAUUAGUCUCGAUGGAUACUUCGGAGCAUUCCAAUCUUUUUCCUAGAAUGAGGUCGAGCUUAGAACUGAAAGAUACAAUGCAAAAGAGAAGCCAUAAUGAUAAUAAUGAAGCCAUGCUACAACCUACCAAAAGACAGAAAAUGAUGGAUUAUACUUUUGGAGUCUCUUCGUUUAACGAUGCAAGUAUUGAUCAGUCAACUCACGAGAUGGUUCAACCUUCUUUUGAAACACCUUCGGAAGUGAAGCAACAGUUAGAAUUUCCCCUCUUUUCAAUUGAUGGCGAAGUUGACAAAUACAGGGUGGAACAAUUGGCAAAUCAAGUGUUUGAUUCUAUGGACAUUAGUAGCGUAAACAACAAUGUGAUGGUUAAUACACUUGGAGAAACUUACGAGACUGACACGUUUCCUUCUAACGGCUUAGAAGCUGGUCAAAUAUCAGAUGAGCCAGACUGCAUAAUGAUAGACAGCAGAAACUCAGCGGAAAUCGACAGUAUGCCUACUUGCAGGAAUGAACUUAUUAUUAUUGAUGAUGAUGAUGAGGAGGACAUACAAGGAAGAACUGGAUUCAACCAGGAGGGGAUAAAUGCUAAAAAGGAAUUCGGUGAGCCAAAAUAUGAUCAAGAGAAACAAGAUAUUGAAAGCAAUGGUGUGAUAUACAGCAGCAAAUCAACGGAAAUUGAAAAUGGAUCGAAUUCCAAUAUGCAUUCUCUCAUAAGCAAGGUUCCUAUUCCUAUUGUUGUAGAAGACAAACCAGACACAACUGGUUUCAACUCGGAGGGGACAGAUGCUAAAAAGGAAGUCGGUGAGGCAAUUGAUAAUCAAGAGAAGCAAACAAAAUCCUCAAAAAGAAUAGAUGAUGCUGUUUCUUUGAUCGAUUUGUUCACACAUGAUCAAAUAACAAACCAUAUUAGUAGUUUUGGAGAGCAAUCUAAUCAGGUUUGUACACCAACUUCCUGCACUACAACUGCGAGCAACACAUGCCAAUUAUGUGCAACGGAACAUCUCUCCUUUGAACCAGUAACAAUUUUUUGCUUAUGUUGUGAGAACCCCAUCAAGAAAAAAGCACACUUUUUCUGUAGAAAAGGAGAAGAAUUUGAUGCAGAUCAAUGCUUUUGCUCCCACUGCUAUACGAGAUUUAAGGGUGAUUGCAUCGAAUUCAAUGGGACAUAUGUUUCUAAGCAAAGUCUCGAAAAAAAGAAAAACGAUGAAUUAUAUUUUGAACCGUGGGUUGAAUGCAAUAAAUGCAAAAUAUGGCAGCACCAAAUAUGUGCACUCUAUAACAAGAAAAGAGAUUUGGACUGCAAAGCUGAGUAUAUAUGUCCUUUCUGCCGUUUAAAAGAAAUUGAAAAUGGAAUGCAUGUUCCCUUACCGAAGAACACUGUUUUUGGUGCUAAGGCCUUGCCUAAAACCAUGCUUAGUGACCACUUAGAGAAAAGACUUUUUGAGCGUCUCAUGCAAGAGAGAGCAGACUGGAAUAACGAUAAAGGGAAGAAGAAUUCUGAUAAGGUAAUACCGAAUACUGAAGAAAGUCUUUCUAUUAGAGAAGUGUUAUCUGUCGACAAACAAUUGAAAGUGAAGAAGCAGUUUCUGGACAUCAUUCCAAAGGAGAAUUACCCUUCUGAAUUCUCUUACAGAUCAAGAGUUAUUCUUCUAUUUCAACAGAUUGAAGGAGUAGAUGUAUGCAUAUUUGCAAUGUAUGUCCAGGAGUUUGGCUUGGAAUGUGGCAAUCCAAAUAAACAUUGUGUAUAUAUUUCAUAUCUUGAUUCUGUCAAUUACUUUACUCCUCGAAGAAUGACUAAAAAUCAGGAAGCUCUCCGUACCUUUGUUUACCAUGAGAUAUUGAUUGGGUACCUUGACUUUUGUAAGAAAAGAGGUUUCACAACUUGCUACAUAUGGUCCUGUGCUCCUCAAAAAGGGCAGGGUGAUUACAUUCUAUAUUGCCAUCCAAAAACUCAAAAGAUUCCAACAGAUGCUAAGCUACGGGAGUGGUAUCUUUCAAUGCUAACAAAAGCUUCUAAGGAAAAUAUCGUUGUUGGUUUAACCAACAUAUAUGAUCAUUUCUUUGUUUCUACUGGAAAUCGGCACUCCAAGAUAACAACGGCUCGUUUGCCGUACUUUGAUGGAGACUACUGGUCUGGUACUGCUAUGACUCAAGCCGAGGACAUUGAAGAAAAGUGUGGAGGAGAGUACGAAUCGACAUUGAAUAAAGUAAUGAAAACUAGAUCUUUAAAGGCCAUGGGACACAUCCAUCCUUCCAAAGGCAAUGCCAAAGAUAUUCUGGUGAUGCAUAGACUGGACCAAGCUAUAUUGCCUAUGAAGAAAAACUUCAUUGUAGCACACUUGCAGUAUUCAUGCAUGCACUGCUGUAAACCAAUAGUGUCUGGGAAGCGAUGGUUUUGCACUAAAUGCAAACUAUUUCAAGAGUGUGAAAGAUGCCACAACUCUGAUUUACACACUUCGAUUAAUGGCGAGGUGCAUAGACUUUCUAAGGUCCUUGUGGAUGAUAUCCCCUUCAACACUAAACAAAAUGAUAUCAUCAUUGAGAAUGAAGUAUUUGAAAAUAGGAAUAAUUUUUUGAGCUUCUGCCAGAAGAAUUGGUUUCAGUUUAACACACUCCGCCACGCCAAGUAUUCCUCAAUGAUGAUCCUCUAUCAUCUAAACAACAGUACUUUGCAGACUGUUUGAACAGAGCUCAAAAUGUCAUCAAGUUUUCAGAUUGCCGAUUGCCAUCAACACGAUUACUCAACAACACCAUGCAUGUCUAUCUGAGAAUCAGGAGAGGAGUAAACCUUCAGAUUUCGGCGCUGAUACGCAGAUGCAGGAACUGCUGGAGAUUUUGCAGCAUGAAUCUCAAUGUUGAUCUACUAAAACUCAAAUAUGCUGUUAUCUAAACUUUGUUCAUCUUAAAAUGAUGUU